CUCCAGGCGAGGCGACGAGGGCGAGAAGCGGCAGGGACGAAGGACGGUGAAACGGCGAGCCCAUGGGGCCAGAUAGCUUGGCGAUGGACCGGCCGUGAACCUCCUGUGCGCACACGCGGGCGAGUGCGCACGAAAAGCUCGCCAGCCCCCCUCCGCCACCGGCGCGCGCGGGGAGGAAGGAGGAGCUUGCUCUUCUGCUCGACCAGAAGACAUCGACUACAUGGGAGAACUGCCGGGGGUGGUGCAGGAGGUGGUGGCUCCGCGGGUGGCGCGCGGCCUCGGGCCGCAGAGCAUGCGCCUCUGGGGAGUCGGGGGCUGCUGUCCUGGCAGCGCGGCAGCAGGGAGGAGGGAGGAGGAGGAGGGAGGAAUAAGAGCAGCAGGAAGACGAGGAGGAACCCCCAAGGCCUGGGAGAGGCGUCAGAGGCCGGUGCCCUCCACGUCGAUGGGUGCCGACUGGGCAUCCCGGAGCGCCCUGGCGUGGAGCUCGAACAGCGCCUCGUCCACGGGGGAUGGCCGCUCCUCUGGCGGCCUCGCCCAUGGAAGCGGCGGCACCCGCGCGGCCAUGGCCCGCCUGCGAGCGCCUGGCGGCCCCUGAGCC